UAAAAGGAGAAAAAGUAUAGUUGAAAUCUUGAAAUUAUAUAAUUAUUCCUGCCUCUCUUUAUCUUUCCAUCCACCUACACUAAUAUUCCCAUUUUCUUUUUGCUAAAAAGUAUUUUGUUUUACUUAAUAAAUUGAUUUGUUCUCCUUUUGUAGACCCCCUUGAACAAUUUUCAAGUAUGUUACUUGAAUCUUUAUAUUUCUUAUACUUCCUUUGAGGAGAAACUCAUGAUUAAGGGCAAUAAAAAUCAUUGCGAAAAAUCAUUUUGUACAAGAUGACUCAAGGAAGGGCAGAGAUACAAUGAUUUAGAUCCUAACCCUGACCCGUUUCAAAACCGACCCGAAAAGGAAGUGGGCGCAGGAUAAGCACGUGGGAGUCGACUUUUGAACAUAGAGAGCACGCUGGCAUUUUCUCACACUUAAACAACGCAGUCUUGUUCUUGAUUGUUCCCACAACACAACUCUCUGUUAUUCAACCUUCUUCUCUGUUUCAGGUAUUGUUUCAUAAGAGAGAAAAAAAAUUGAUCUCCUUUCUUCUGUAAUCAUGGAAACAAUCGUGAAUUAAGGACAAAGUGUAGAUAAUUUGAGAAAAAAGUGAGCUAUGAAGUUUAUGAAACUUGGUUCUCGGCCAGAUACGUUCUACAAUUCAGAAUCAGUAAGGUCUGUUUCCUCUGAGGUUUCUAGUGAUCUUGUAGUGCAAGUGAAUGGAACAAGAUAUUUGCUUCAUAAGUUUCCCCUUUUAUCCAAAUGCUUGAGGCUACAAAAACUCUGUUCCGAAUCCCCCGAAUCGACCCAACAUCAAAUCAUCCAACUCCCAGAUUUCCCAGGAGGAACCGAGUCUUUCGAACUAUGCGCCAAAUUCUGCUAUGGAAUCACAAUCACACUCAGUGCAUACAACAUAGUAUCAGCCCGUUGUGCAGCCGAAUACCUUCAAAUGACCGAAGAAGUCGAAAAAGGCAAUCUUGUUUACAAACUCGACGUUUUCUUAAACUCUUGUAUCCUCAACGGUUGGAAAGAUUCAAUCAUUACCCUUCAAACCACCAAAGCUUUUCAAUUAUGGUCUGAAGAUUUGGGCAUCACUAGUAGGUGUAUCGAAGCCAUUGCGGCAAAAGUCCUUUCUAACCCUCUGAAAGUGAGCUUAUCGCAUAGCUAUUCGAGGCGAGGGAGGGAUAGAGAUGACAUUUCGGUUAAUGGAAGUAAAACUAACACAAGUAAAGGGUGGUGGGCUGAGGAUCUUUCGGAAUUGGGGAUUGAUCUUUACUGGAGAACAAUGAUUGCCUUAAAAUCGGGUGGUAAAGUGCCCGCGAAUCUUGUUGGUGAUGCACUAAGGAUUUAUGCAUCUAAAUGGUUACCGAAUAUUUCAAGGAAUCCCGAAAAUGGUGAAACCACAACAAAUUCGAGUUCUAAAAGUCGGUUGCUUUUGGAAUCCGUAAUUAGUUUGCUUCCAACCGAACGAGCUUCGGUUUCUUGUAGCUUUUUGUUGAAACUAUUAAAAGCGGCCAACAUUCUUCGCGCUUCGUCUUCUUCCAAAUCCGAGUUAGCAAGAAGAAUCGGGAUUCAACUAGACGAAGCAACAGUUUCCGAUUUGUUAAUCCCGAGUACUUCGAACGAUAUGACCUACGACGUCGAAGUAGUUUUUACCAUUUUGGAGCAGUUUAUGUUGCAAAGUCAAAGUCCGCCAACAAGUCCGGUGCAUGUUAAGGGCAGGUUCGAGCGGCAUAGAAGAUCACGGUCCGCAAAUAAUGGUGAUUUUGAGUUGCAAGAAAGUAGGAGGUCUUCUACAUCUUCUCAUAGUUCAAAGAUUAAAGUAGCGAAACUCGUCGAUGGAUAUUUAAAAGAAAUUGGUAAAGAUGUAAAUUUGCCGCUAUCAAAGUUUACUGCUUUAGCUGAAGCUAUUCCUGAUUUUGCUAGAUUGGAUCAUGAUGAUCUUUACAGAGCCAUUGACAUUUAUCUCAAGUCACACCCGAACCUCAACAAGACUGAAAGGAAGCGCCUUUGUCGAACACUUGAUUGCAAGAAGCUAUCUAUGGAAGUGUGCAUGCACGCGGCACAAAACGAGCUUCUCCCAUUGCGGGUAGUGGUACAAGUUCUUUUCUUUGAACAAGCGCGGGCAGCGAUGGCUGGCGGUCAGCUGACCGACCUGCCCAGCAACAUCAAAGCACUAUUAGCCGCCCAAGACGAUGCAUCAAGGCCACCCGGUUCAUUAAGCACCAACAGAAGCAUGGUGCAACCCGAAGACCAAUGGAGCGUUUCGGGCCUCAAGUCACCAAGCUCUAACAUCUCCACUUUGAGAAUGAAGUUAGCGGAAAACGAUGACUUGGAUGAAAAUUUCCACGAUGGGAUCUCGAAAACUCAUUCGUCAAAAGUGAAGCAACUUUGUUCGCUUCCUACUCGCCCCAAACGAAUGUUUAGUAAGUUAUGGUCGACCAACAACAGAAGCGCAAGUGAAAAAAGCUAAACGUCGGGGUAAGUCUCUAUUCUAUUCAUCUUUCUUGGAAAAAUGUCUUGUAAUGUUUAGAGAGUUGAAAAUGUGAAUCGUGGGUGUAAUCUAUGGUAAUAAAUAAAAAAGAAGAAAAAAUUUCUUUUCUUGAGAUAUUAUAUAA